UAAGGACGCAGCGGGGGGCGGGACCUGGAGACCAGGAAAUGGUGUCAGGGCUGUAAACAGGCACAUGGAGGGGCUGUUAAAGCUGGAAGUUUCCCUCCCUCUCCUCCAGCAUGUUCCAUCUGGGCUGGACACUGUAAUUAGGAGAGCUGAUGUCUGAUGGUGCCACUGAUCUGCAGGCUCCACAGAGCCACCUCCAGGCCAUGGAGCAAGGGAUGGGAGAUGGGGAGCAGCCAGAUGGUCACCUACCAUUCAAGGUGCCUGAGCCAGGGCUGGAGGGUGCAGCUGCUCUCUGCAGCCCUGGCUUCCAGCAGUCCCAGGAGUUGGAGCUCCCGGAAUCCCAAAGACAUGCCCCACCGGAGUGUGCCAGCACCCAGCUCCAUGGAGCUCUGAGCAGCCUCAGGAAGCCUGACUACGCUUUGCUACACUUUGGGGAAGAUGUCAAGAGCCAGAAAAGACCCAAGCUGUCCAAUGGGGCCCAGACCAGGCCUAGCCUCAUCUCCCACUUCCCUCGAGCACUGAGUGAGAUGGAGACCAAUGGACCACCCCCCAUUGGACACAUCUUCCAGAGCAGUAGCCUGGAUCUGCACAGCAGGUGCCCUCAGGAUGGGCUGCAACACAUGAGGACUUUGGACAAUCCCAAAGCUGCCCAUUCAGGGGCCUCAAUGCUCUACCAGCCCAGCACAGAACCAUCAGAGUCCCCCUCCAUGGAUUAUGGACCUGAGGGUUGCUGCCAGUGGAGCAGCAGGGCUCCUGUGGUGGGUAGCAGCAUGAGCAGUCAGGCCAGCAAGGUUACGGGUUUGUAUGCUGAGCUGGUGAAGGAGCUGGAGCUGCAGAUGUCAGAGUUGCGGAAGCUCCUUGCCUCUCGGGAAGAGGCUGCUGUGCAGCAAGAGAGGAGGAUAAAGGAGCUGGAGUUGGAGAACCAGCAGCUGAAGAGCCAGCUCCGGAACCUGGAGGAGGAGAAUGACUUGCUCUCCAGCAGGAAUGGGGCAGGAGGGUCAGGGGUGGCUGCAGUGAGGACAGUCCUGGGCCCUGGCGCUGGUGGCAUUGACAUCAACGAGAGCAACAUCCAGUUCCUCAAGGGCCUGGUGGGGCUGCUAGAGAGCAACUCAGCAUUACAGGUCAGUGGCCUCCAGCCUUUCUCUCCGAGUGCCGGGGAGCAGAGGUGCACCCCUGCUGACAUCCCAAAGAGCCCCCCUGUUUGGAGGAUGCGAGCUGUGGUCCCAAGCAGCUUCUCCCCCUGGGUGAGCACAGAUGAUGGAGUGGGGAGCCCGGCCAUGCUCAGUGAUGCCACCUGCUUAUGGGAGGAAAGCAUUCAAGAUACAUUGCCUGAUGGGACACCAGUGUGGGCAUCGCCCAUGGAGGAGAAUGGGAGGCCCAAGCUGGAGCUGACCCCCAACUCUGGGGUCUAUCUCACCCACCAUCAGCUGGAUGACCUCUCGCAGGUCUCCACUGACAAGCCCAAACUGAUGACCAGGCGCCUGCUGGAUUACUUUUUCUCCCGGGAGACACUCGCCAGGUCGUCAGCCACUGGCCAGCGCAUCGCUCACAACAACACUACCAUGGAGAAGCCCAUCCGCCUGCCCGUUAUAGUGGUUAACGCUAUCAAAGAGUACGUCACCAGAGCAUGCGGCAGGGGCUGCAACUUCAAUGCCGUGAUCAACAGCAAGUGCGGUACCUCUAGGAGAGCAGUCAAGAAAAUGAUCGUCAAGAUGGAGUGAAAGACAUGAAGGCUGGCAUGUCACGAGGUUCCAUCCCAGCAGUGGUGAGCCAGUCACUGCAGAAAUCCUCCUUAGAGGACCCAUUGCUCCCUAACCAUCCUAGGCACUGGCAGGGACAGCAGUAUGACAGCACAGCUGACCUGGGCUCCCUUCCAUGCAGCAGUGAUUGGGGGUGGGGUAUGAUGGAGACAGCACUUGUAAAGAGGCAUGUUACCUGGUCAGGAGUGGCAAGACAUGAACCCUCCUGUACUUCAGGACUUGAUGCCUGCUUAGUGGCCAGAAUUCAGUGUAGGUGUCAGUGUGGGAAGGAUUUAUCCUCCACUGAAGUAUGUGGUGUGUGUCACUGUUGGAGAAGGGGGCUGAUGAGAUGGACCACCCAUGGGUCUGUUCUCGCAUGGUCACUCCUCCAUUCCAUCUUCUGUAGUGCACAGGGCUGGGAGAGCUGGUCUGUGCUGGGAUUCCACAUUUGCCAAGCAAAAUCCUGCACGGUCCAUGUUUGAAAUCUAAGUCUAGUAAUUUCCAUUUGAGAAUCCUAGAUCUGUGAGGCUCUGCAUUCACACCAGAGCCUCCUCAGCAUUUCCAAGGUUGAUUGUCCAAGGGAUAGUGCUGGCCAGGGGCAGGCAGCGGAGAACAGUGCAGGUCCUGUGCUAUAGAUUGGCCAGAGAGAAUUCAUAGAUUCAUAGAUGUUAGGGUCGGAAGGGACCUCAAUAGAUCAUCGAGUCCGACCCCCUGCAUAGGCAGGAAAGAGUGCUGGGUCUAGAUGACCCCAGCUAGAUGCAUAUCCAACCUCCUCUUAAAGACCCCCAGGGUAAGUUUCAUUUGAAACAUUUCUUACCAGACUCGAGAUGAAAACCAUCCCAUCUAGGCCAGAGUUUUAGGCAUUGGACUGAGGUAGAAAUAUUGCCACGCUGAACAGGGAGGGUGGAAUUCUCCAUCUCCUCUCAACCUGGGGCAAUGUCUGUCCUCACACAGUAGCUCCUUGGAUCACUCAAAUACAUUUCCUGCUCGCUGUAGCUGUUAGAAUUUAACUGUGUCCAAGAGAAUUAUUUUUUUUCCUGUAAAGAAAUUCAGUUCUGACAGAUAUUCUAUUUCUUGUAAAUAAAAUAAUCCUUCCUCUUCCCUAAUAAAGGCUGGAAUCUAA